AAAUAUAUGUUCAUAUUAAUUAUAUUUCAAAGACCGUGGUUGUACUCGAUACACGAUUGAACGAAAUCGGCUCGAUAGAAAAUAAUAGCAAAGAUUGGUCUUAAAAUCACAAUUAAACGGUUUUAUGUCUUUAUUGUUUUGACUUAUGGGUCUGCAAUUAAAAUCACAAUUUCAAAACAUUUAUAUCUAAACCGUGGUUGAGUAAAAUAUUACACUAAUAAUCCAAUUUUUUUUAUUUAAAUAUUUUUCUUAUUAUUCCCUUGCCCAGGCCCAGUAACAUGCGACAGUGCUAUCUCAUUUACUCCGAUACAAAUAGACAGUGUGCGCGCCUUAGGUAUUGACAGCCUCUUAAAUUAAAGUAAAAUUAACAUUGUAAAUAUGACGAUAGUUUAUCGAUAUGACUCUAUGGAUAUGGCCACAACUUUUGGUUUCUUCGUACUUAAAAAUGUGGCUGUGUGUGUGUGUGUGGCUACGGUGUCAGUUGGCUUAGACUCCAUCUUUAGGAAUAUUAUAUCUAUGGUUUUGAUAGUAACCCUAGCGCGACGCUGUCGCGGCUGAUAUAAUAAUCCGGAUUUGCGGCAUAAGAGAGGAGGGAGCCGCGCUCGCAGGCGCAACACUUUAGUUGCCGCCUGCCAUGUCAGCUUGCAGCACGUUCGCUUAGCAACAUUACAGCACCGCUCGCACCAGUAAUUAACAUGGCUGAUCAUGUUGAUAGUACUGAAACGGAAUCGGUUGAAAUUACAAUACGCCUAGCGCGCCCUGAAGACAUGAAGAUUGUCCAUGAAAUGAUACAAGAAUUGGCUGAAUAUGAAGGAGUUCCCGAUGGUCCGAAACUAACAGUGGGUGAUCUGGUGGAAGAUGGUUUCAACAGUGAACACCCCUGGUUCUUCGUGCUGUUGGCCGAGAAAGGCAACGUAGUGCUGGGGUCGGCGCUAUGCAACCGUGCGUACUCAAGCUGGUCGCGCCGCGCCUUUUACAUCGAGGAUCUCUUCGUGCGCCCCAUGGCGCGUCGCAAGGGCAUCGGUCUUAUGCUCAUGCGGGAGCUGAGUCGGCGGGCGGUGAUCGAAGGUGUGAACCGUAUAGACUGGCAUGUGUUAAAGAGCAACACCCCAGCUUUGGCGUUCUACAACAAACUGGGUGCGCGCGACCUGCGCGUCACAGAGGGCCGUACGGCGCUGCGCCUGGACCGCGACUGCAUCGAGGCUCUCGCUUCCGGGAGUUAAAAUUCUAUUAAUUCUACGAUUAUAAUUUAACGGCGAGACAGUUCUUGGCCGAGUUCUUCCGAGGUUAUAUACUUAUCUGCGGGUACGGAGGAAGGCAGAGCAGCCCAGACUGUCAUAUUGGUGUCUAUUAAUCGGAACCUAUUUUUGGGACCAUAGCAAGUUGGCUUCUUUUCACUUUUGUCUUUUUUUAUUACUUAGGUACAGUCAGCGUCAAGUGCUUUGUAGCAGUCAAAGUGGCCAAAUAGUUCGGUACACCAUACUAAAUAUAUGGUGUACCGAACUAUUUGGCUACUUUGGUUGCUACAAAGUAUUUGACGCUGACUGUACAUACAGCAGCAUAAAUCGCUUGGCAAAGUGUUCAGAAAUACAAACCGCAGGGCAGUAGCCUUGCGAUUCCUCGGACUUCAUGCACGAUUUAUAAAUUCUUCACGCUAGAAAAGGUAUUUAAAAUUGUCUUUCAACAGACAUAUUUUCAGUGUGCUUAGAAUUAUUUUGAAAAUGUGGACCCAUUUGGCUUUGAGUUUUAAGUGCCAACUUACUAGUAAUAGUAAAAAUUAGUUAUAUUUCUCUGAAGUGAAAUUUAUCAUUUCUUUGAGAAAAUAAAGUUCUAUAAACCUAAAUAUGUAUCCAUAUUAAAGAAGGGUUUUAUAAUGCUUAUAGAUUUAGAAAAUCCAUUAUUAAUGGAUUUAGAACUUCAUCUUAACAACCGUGAUGCAUAGAAUAUUAAAAAAUCUAGCAGCUUCAUUUUACUACCUACCAAAAUAAUUUUACUUUAAAUAUAUUGCGUUACCUUUCUUUAUCACAUCUAAAAAAUAAUGCACAGAUUUGCCGAUUUAGUUAUUGUCAACAUGGCGCCACGGAAACAACUGAAAGCCAGUUGCGCUGCGCUUGUAAAUUCUGGCAUGUGCUUGAUUUUUUAAAACCAAAAUGUAACCCUGAAAACUAUACAAUAGAUUUCUUUUCUCAUUCACAUAGCGAAAUUUACAAGGGAUCGACGUGAUGUCGUUUAGUUCAGAAAGACUCGCUCGUUAUUACUUUGAUUUUUAUAUUUUUUGCAUUUAUAAUCUGUAAGUGCAUAAAGAUUUACAUAAUGGUUGUAUUUUCAAACAUUUCAUACAAAAGACGUUUCACGUCAUAAUAGUGUAAUAAUAGUCACCUGGUAUUUUAACCUGCAUUAUAUGAGUAAUAAAUAACGAUGUUAGAUGCGACUGUCAUGGUAUAACAACAUGGUAUAAAAUAUAUAACUAUUAGGUGACAAAGAACUUAAUAAAUAAUUAAAUUUAAGAUAUAUUUGGCCUUGCCAAGAUAAAGGUUAAACACUUUUGGGUGCCUUACCUUAUUUGAAUAUUCCUCAAGAAGGUAUAAUAAAUAUAAAUUAUAAUAGUUAGUAUUAUUAUUUAAGUAAUGUGCUCUGUGAUAAAUGUGUAAAAGAGAAAUAAAGAGAUCGACUAAAUACGAGUAGGUAUAUGUGUUCACUACAUAUAUAGCAAGCAACGGUUGUAUGUAAUAAACUAACAAUAAAAUAAUGUGUUUUGAUAGCAACUUU